AUAAAACUGGUUGUGUAUGUGAGAAAACUUGCUCAACAGGAUGUAGGCAAGUUGGGGGUUUAUCACAGCAUCUUGGCAGUUGGGAGGGUUUCUGUGGGGGCAGGUGAGAACCCAGGAUAAAAGAACACUAGACAACAUGUGAAGGGGCUGGGCAGUAGAGAGGGAGCUGGGCAGCUGAGAGGAGGCAGCUAGAGAGCUGGAGAAGCCAGAGGAGCCUGGGACGAGACAACAUGUGAGGAAUGAAGACCAGAGGGGAAGGCAGAGAUGAAGCUGAACUCUAUUCCCCUACUUUUUGACGCAAUGACGUCAUCACGCUGGUGCGUAAAACCCGGAAGUGUGCACCGCGCUCGCCAAAGGGAAGCCGGCACUGAAGGAGAAAGCAGCAAUGCAGCGGGUGUCCACGCCAAAGGAGUGACGUUGGUCCCCGCUGCCCACUAGACCACCAGGUUUGUCUUUAGUGAAGUGAAGUGAAAGUGAAAUCAGAAUAUUGGUAACUGGAGAGACGGGAGUGCUUUACAUCUGAUUAAUAAAAAUUAAUUAACAAACUGGUUUGGUGACCCUCCUACAGUAUAAAGUAGAUACACAGCCAGUCUCGGUACUUAGUGGCCACAGGAAAGGAAAGAAUCAUGAACUGGUUCCAUUUAAUAAGAACUCUGCUCCUGCUGAACUUGGGGAUCUAUGGAUUUGCUCAAGAUGAAAACUCCAAUGAGCCAACCAGGGCCUGUGGAAAACCUGUGAUAGUCAACAGCCGCAUUGUUGGAGGGCAGAAUACUAAAAAGGGGCAGAACCCCUGGCAAGUGAUAUUGUGGAUUCCUGGUAAAGUACAAUGUGGUGGAACCCUCAUCAGCAGCAAUUUUGUUGUGACUGCAGCAAAAUGUGUGGAAAGGGUAAAUGCCUCCUCUGUUAUUGUCAUCCUUGGAGCCCAUAAAAUAACUGGAAACCACAAGGAGGAAGUUUCUGUUCCAGUGAAAAGGAUCAUUAAACAUCAUCUCUACAAUGAGACAGAUUUAACUUUUGACAUUGCCCUUCUAGAGCUUUCACGACAUGUGCCCUUCACAGACUUUAUCCUUCCAGCCUGUCUACCAACAUCUCCCACUGAAUUUCUGCCUGGGCACAGUUGUAUGGUGACUGGCUGGGGAGACACUGAGUUUAAUAGUACCAAGCCAAGCCCUGAUCUUCUACAAGAGGCAGAAGUGCGUUUGAUGGGUUUAGAGCACUGUAGGGAAAUAUAUCUUUUGGCAUCAAAUGACAGUGACAGUGGCAUAACAGAUGAUAUGAUAUGUGCAAUGAAUAUCCAUAAAGGAAAAGAUUCCUGCCAGGGUGAUGGUGGGGGACCCCUGAUUUGUUAUGAGAAUGAUCGCUGGUACUUGGUCGGAAUAACAAGUUUUGGAGAAGGUUGUGGAGGAGACUUUCCUGGAGUUUACAGUUCUAUCCCUGCCCAUAUGAAAUGGAUUCAAUCAUUUAUCUCUGAUGACUCCAGUGGCUCAGAAAGGAUUGGAUCAACCCCUGGGGCGGGGCUUAUGGUUUUAGCCUUGAUUUACUUCAUCCAGGAGACCCUGCAAAACUUAUUGUUUUAGUUUUGAUCCUGAAUUCUGCUGCCUGGUUUGGAUAUUGAGUUUUUGAAUUGACUGUGGACAAGACUUUCCUGGAGUUUACACUUCUUGUGCCUGCCAUUGGCACAGAGCAUCAUCAUCCAGAGCAAUUUUUUUUUUAAAUCAGACAUAUUCAAUAAUUGUCUACAGUAGUUCAGAAGUCCACAUAAAUGGGAUUUUUUUAAAGUCCGAUUUUUUUCUGGUAGGAGUUUUAAAAGGGAAAAACACUUUUCAUUUCAUGGAAAAAUAGAAUUCACAUUUUUUGUAAUUUAUUAAGCCCUGAGGCUGCUAAAAGUCAGAAUACAAAAGUACUGAAACUCAAAACUGCAGAGGUCUUGUAGAAGUCAAUGUCCCUUUUACAAUUGGAAGAUAUCAUGAUCUGCACUGGGUUUCAUACAAUAAUCCGAAUCAUUUGUGGUUUUAGGGCGAAAUUCCCAAAAAAUCUGUACAAUUCAUAUUUUUUUUUUUUUACGAUUUAAUCGAGUUUUUAACUGCAUCAGAUUUUUUCAAAUAAAUGUAUUGAUAAAUAUGGUAAAAAUGUGCACAGGAGUUUGGUCAAAGUGUUUUCAAGAAAAAUAACGAGAAAUUUUCAGAUUUUAGUAAAUAAUCACCAAUAUGUUUGACAAGAAGACAAGUGUAAUAGAUCUAGCACCAUUCUGGUUACUGUAUGUCUGUAAAAUGUAAUCAUAAAUAUCUAACUGAAAUAGCUUUACAUAUAUCAACAAUUUCAUUGUACAGACUGGAAUAAAAGAUACCAACAAAUAAA